UUCAACUUUUGUACAGCUUGAAACCAAGAUUGGGAGUAUCUGGUGAAAGCAACCGAAAAGGACUGUGAUCUACUGUAGCCAUCUCCUCCCUCGAGUGAGUUUCCUCCCACUACUUUCCUCUCCAAAUUUCACCGCCACCGGUGUAUAUGAUGUGAAAGCCUCCUCCUUGUCUUCUUCGCCCUUUUAUUUUUCCUUCUGCUUCUCUUGAAUCUUUGCCACCCCACUUGCUGUUUAAUUGAAGAGUCUUCAAAGAGAGAAUUUUGGGUUAAAGAUUGAUUUGUUAUGGCUGUGUUUCUGUGCAAUUUCUCAUGACUUGGAUGCGGGAAAGAACUUGGGUCUGGUACUUGGGAAGAAGCUUCACUAAAAUUUACUGAUAAGUUUCAGCUGGAAGCACAAUGUCUAUACCAAAAUGACUUGUCCAGAUGUUCCAGUAGAAGGAGAAGAUUCCUCUACUUCGAGAAAAGUGGUUGUUGAACCUCAGAAGUUUAAUUCCCUUAUGAAGACCACGUACCUCUCGUGCAUGACCUAGAUCUGUUUGAUUUUGGUGCAGCUGUUAAUCUAUUGAUCCUGAUAUAAGAGCAAAGGAGCAUCUGAAAAGGUGGCAGUCUUGAGAGACGGUUCUUCAUCUCCUAUUACAGUUAGUUAAAGGCAAAACAAAGACAGGAUUUAAAAAGAAAAAGAUGUACCUGAAAAAGCCCUUCUGGAAUGCCAGCUCAGCCUCGGAGCCUGAGACUCAGCCUGAAUCGGCAGUGGUGGAACUGGUCAACUCGCUGGACCAGCAAAGACUCUACAGAGAAGUCACACUUGCACUCCGAACCGGACUCAGAGAAGCCCAGGCGGAGUUCUCAUUCCUCCGAGUGAGGGGCCUCCGCAGCAUCCUCAAAUUCCUCCGAUGCGUGGCAGAGUCUGACUCCACCAUCAACCUCUUCUCCAGCACCCAGUCCAUACCUGAACUCCAAGUGGUACCGGUGCUAUUCCAACAUUCCCUAAAAGAUUUGGAGGAUCAGACAGUGACGAAUGUGGAACACAUAUUCAGUGUAGAGGCGAUAAAGAUUACUAGUCCUUCCAUGGAUGAUGAGGUAGCCCUUGCCCUGAGAGUUCUUGAAGGCUGCUGUCUCCUCCACCCUCCCAGCACUAUUUUAGCCCAUCAGCACAAUGCCAUUCCGGUUCUAAUGAAUAUAUUGUCAACUCGUGGUGUGCUUGAACAAGGUGCAUGUUUAGAUGCUCUAAUCUCAAUAAUGCUGGAUUCAUCAGCCAAUCAAAUGGAUUUUGAGAGGUGCAAUGGGAUCGAGGAAGUUGCUGUACUGAUACGAGAUCAACAAAUAGAUGAAAUUCUAAGGCUGAAAUGUGGAGAGUUCCUGUUGCUUCUUAUUGGACAUGUAGAUGGGAGAGAUAGGCCUCCCAUGGCAAGCAUACACGAAGACGUAAGGCGAUUUCUUGGGGAAAAAUCCGCCUCAUUGAUAUGGGCCGCUAGUCAGUUUGGCUCAACCCUUGAUCCAGAGGAGAGAUUGACAACUUUGCACAUUCUAGCUCGCAGGGUGCUGGAGUCUAUUGAUCUUUAUUGAAGCAAUUACGGGCUGCUUUCAGAUGUAUCUUUAGCGUCACUUAAGGUCAAGCUUGGUAUGCACUGUUAGUGUAAAAAUGCAGCGUGUAGAGAUUGAUGGUGCUGUAAGUUUUGGUGAAAGUUACACAUACAGCAGUUACUAAUUUAUUAAUCUUGUGCCAAACUCACGUUAUUAAGCUAAGAAUGCGUGAAUUUCAUUUUUGUGUUCAAUCCA